GUUAGGCGUUUCGUGUGUUGUAGCAGCCUCAGGAGCGACGUCAUGUCUGGCCGCGGCAAGCAGGGAGGCAAGGCGAGAGCCAAGGCCAAGUCUCGUUCUUCGCGAGCCGGACUCCAGUUCCCGGUCGGCCGCGUGCACCGCCUGCUGCGCAAGGGCAACUACGCCGAGCGGGUGGGCGCCGGCGCUCCCGUCUACCUGGCGGCCGUCCUGGAGUAUCUCACGGCGGAAAUCCUGGAGUUGGCCGGCAACGCUGCCCGCGACAACAAGAAGACCCGCAUCAUCCCCCGCCACCUGCAGCUGGCCAUCCGCAACGACGAGGAGCUCAACAAGCUCCUGGGCAAAGUGACGAUCGCCCAGGGGGGCGUGUUGCCCAACAUCCAGGCCGUCCUCUUGCCCAAGAAGACGGAGAGCCACAAAGCGAAAGGAAAAUAGAAGCUGCUCCGGAGAAAAUAUUAUUGAAUUUUAAAACCCAAAGGCUCUUUUCAGAGCCACCUACAAUUUCAAGUAAGGAGCUGAGUCUGGGGUCUCGAAUUGGUGAAUUCAGUGUGUCCGUUGCCAGAUCCAGAAGCACCUCCCAGUGGCUGGCGCUUUCCUAGCCCAGGCAAUUACUUGGCUCGAGACGUGCUCGCGAGUGUUCUCACUUUAUUUAGAACAGAUUUAGGGAAAAAUACGGUUAGUUUCCAGAAGGCUUCAGCUGGUACAUUUCAAACAUCCACUGCCUAGCUAGUAUAAACGAUAGCGAGGGGAGGAGGUAAUACCUUAGCCAAUCGCCGCGUCCGGCAGGAGUUUUCAAACCCGUGUUCCUGCCGCGACUUUCUUUUACGAAAAUUCGCUGAACCAUAUAUUCUUUGAUCUACAAUAACUCACAAAAGGAAGCUUAGCUGCGGAACCCCUUUUCUUCAGUAUUAAAUCCAUUUAGAGAUAUAGGUGAAACUGCUGUUGAGACAAAGUUUAUAAUCUCUCGGAUUUAGACGACCGAGUUCGUCAUUAGCUCCUAAUGCAGUUUUAUGCUUCAGUAAAAGAAGAAUGGAGCCCUUCUUGGAGAGCCCGACCUGCGUUUUGCCUUCAUGGGCGCGUCCAUGCAGAUCGUGGGAACAACGCGGAAGUAAUUUGUGGUUGUCUUCUUUCCAGUCUAUAUCCCUAGGCUUAUGUUCAAUUAACUGGGAGUAAACCAUUCCUUUCUGUGGGAUAUCCAUAUAUUAAAAAGUUCAUCUGCCCAAA